GAUAUAAACAACGAGCAGACAUCUCCUGCUUUUGUCCAAGUCCAAGUUGAUUCUCAUAUUGGCGAUUGUCAUGGUCAAUGUCUGAACCUGACCAGUUCAAACGGCCUUUGCAAGUUACCUCAGCCGUUCCUGAGUUGAUAGGUUGUUGUUUCUCAUGCAAUUCAAUUUGCCCGGUGAACGAUUAGUCGAUAGGACAAGUACAAUGGCGAGAUCGCUACAAGAAAAUGGGUUGGAACAGUAACAAUUAUAAGAUCUUUGAGAAUACACACAAACGAGUGUAAUACCUCAAUCUUUUGAACCAGGUAUUCUGCAGGUACGAUGGCACAUCAUCAUCACCAUUGCCGAAGUUCGUAUUUGCUGGUUCGGUCUGAACUAGUUGGCGCUAGUAUCUACCGGUACUCGACCUAGCGUUGGACAUUUAAGUGUCAUGUGUGGAAACUACGGGAUGAUAAUGUGGACAGCUCCGGUGGGCGUAACCCCGGAGCACUAUCAGAUCGUGUGUUAAAGCGGAGACAUGCCGGAGCUCAUGCAGAACAAAAGAAGUUUGGCCAUGGAGCCGCUCGAAUAAUCUUCUUGCAUCGGUAAACUGUUCGUGGAUGAACACUUCAGUUCCCAUGGCUAUUCGAUGGAAAUUAGAUAAUCCGUUAAUUCAUGGGGUAAAGACUAUUCUGGGGAAACAGACGUGGAGAUGUCGCAUAGCGGGGUUGUCGUUUAACCUUAAUGGCGACAUUGAGGAGAUCGGCAGCCAAAUCAUUCAUGAAGUUUCUAACUCCCAUGUUGCCGAGAAAUUCUAUAUAAAGGAAGGCAAGAUGCUAAAGUUUCGAGCAACAAAAGGGCGUUGAAAGUAUACCUCGUUUGAAUCUCAUCAUGAAGUACGGCAUACUGUCUUUGUUUUUGGCAGCCAUUGCCAAUGGCUCAAAUAUAAUACAGAGACAAACUAUCCUAGGAACUUCUACUGUUAAUUUGAACAACAAUACUGGCUCUACCUCACAUCUUGCUUCGGGUAUUCUCUAUGGCAUUCCAGACACUCAGGGACAGAUUCCCACCUCAUUUUAUUCUGAUAUGGGCUUCAAUUACGGACGAGCGGGUGGUGCCCAAGUUCCGUCACCAGGACGGGGUUGGAUAUGGGGACUGUCCGAAUACAAGGUUCGAUUCGCGUCAGCGUUGUCAAAUUACAAAUCCACUCGAGCACAUGGUGGUAAAUUUAUCUUCCUCAUCCACGAUUUGUGGGGUGCAGACGGAACCCAAAACUCUAGUGCUGCUUACCCUGGAGACAAUGGAAACUGGGCCUCAUGGGACGCCUAUUUGACUCAAUUGAUCUCUGACAUCAAUGCAAAUGGUGCUACGGCUGGUCUUUCAAUUGAUAUUUGGAACGAGCCAGAUCUCACCGCAUUCUGGAACAGAAGUCAAGCCCAGUACUUCCAAUUAUGGGGACGAACUUAUUACAGGUUAAGAGCGGCAUUUCCAGGUGUUCUUCUCAUUGGUCCCGCCUAUGCAGGAUCUCCAUCCCUCAGCAAUACUUGGUGGACUGGCUUUGCUUCAUUUGUAAAGACAAACAACAGCAUUCCGGAUCAAUGGGUCUGGCACAUGGAAGGUGGUGGUAGUGCGAACAUGGGAACAGCUUAUUCAGGGCUUCAGCAAAUCCUGACCACUUACGGCCUCCCUCAAAAGACUGUUAACAUCGAUGAGUAUGGUACUUAUGCCGAGCAAGUCCCUUCCGGAACUGCUUGGUGGAUUUCGCAAUUGGAGAGAUAUAACGCUAUUGGGCUAAGAGGGAAUUGGCUCAGUGGGUGGUCACUUCACGAUUUCAUGGCUGGUCUUCUCGGUAAACCGAAUGCUGGAACCUCAGCUUAUUCUCCCACUGCUACUGGUUACUGGCCGAAUGGAGAAUGGCAGGUUUACAAGUACUAUAACCUGAAUAUGACCGGGCAUCGUGUCGGAACCUCAGCAUCAGCAGAUGGUCAAUUGGAUACUUACGCUACUAUUGGAUCGACUCAAGUAAAGAUUCUAUGCGGAGUACGCGUUGCAACUGGAACUUGGCAAAUUACGGUAAACAGCUUAUCCUCUGUUGGGUUACCAACAUCUGGUACUUUGAACAUCCAUACUUGGGGUUUCCCAAAUACUGGCGGACCCUUUGGUUCUGUUACAGCGUUGAACGAUCUUGGUACUGUGGCUCAUACUUAUUCGGGGAAUAGUGUGACUUUUCCCAUUUAUCAAGUGGAUACGACCACUGCGUAUGCUUUUGAAUUCAAUGUCAGUUAGACAAGGGAACAAGAAUAUCGGUGGAGUAAUUAUGCCUUUUAUUGGGACCACCAAAUCCUUACAUUUAAGUAUAAUCAGUCGAGUUUGUUGUGAAUACAUAGGAAUUUGACCAAUCA